AUGGAAGAAAAAGAAAUUGAAUUAUUUGGGAAUAAUGCAAAAAAUAAACAAUAAUAAGAAUAAGAAUAGGAAUAAGAAUAAGAUUAAGAAUAAAUUCAAUAUCAAAAGCAGGAAUACAAUUGUAUUCGACUUUUGACAUUGAUGUUGAAAAAGAAUCUAUUGUUAUUUUAAAGAUAAAAAUGCCUGUCUAUAUUUUUAUUCUUUUCACCAUUAUUGAUAUGUUUGCUUAUUUUAUUAUGGCAAUACUUGGUAGAUAGAUUCACAGGAUUCUUGAUUAUAGAUCCACCAAUUAAAGAUAUAUUGAAAUAAAUACCUAGAUGUACAUCUUAUAAUAAUAAUAAUUGCAUUACUAUUGGCUAUUUUAUUUUAGGAUAAACCUAAAAUUGGAUUACAAAUGUUAUGAAAAGAGUUGCCUAUACGAAUCAUUUGGAAUAUGAUUAGGAUGUUAAAUUUAUUGGUAAUUAUGAUUAGCCAAGUCAAAUCUCAGAAUAUUUAUUAUCCCAUAUGAAUCUUACUUAAAUUGCUGUAGUGUUUUGUACGGAUUCUUGGAUGUUGUAUGAUAAAUAACCCGAAAUCUCUAUUCCAUGUUAAUUUGAAAAACUUGACAAAUAGGUAGUAUUCUAUACUAUUUUGUACAAUUACACACUAUUGUAUAGAUCUCCAUAUUUGUCAGAUAUGAAAAUAGCAUAUCCAAAAGAUGCUUAUGCUUCAUCACUUAAAAUUAGUUUAGACAAUGCGAUUUUGAGAGAGUUCACUAAAAUUCCAAAAGAAGAUGAUGAGGAAUUCUUAUAUAUCUCUUAAUAAGAAUUUCCAACCAUACCAACAAGAUUUAUGUAAGGUAUAGAUAUAGUGGGCAAUUAUGGCGCUUUUUAUUUCUUCGCUCCUUACUUGCUAAACUUUUUAGUGUUGAUUAAUGAAAUGUUAUAAGAAAAAGGUAAGAAACUUAGACAAGGCUUAACAGUAAUGGGACUGACUCAUACAAUAUAUUGGUUAAGUUGGAGUAUUACAGCUUUAGUACUUGUGAUAAUUUUGACAACUAAUUUAUUGAUUUGUGGGUAGAUAUUUAGGAUGGACUUUUUUUUAAACACUCCAAAUUUGAUUUUAUUUGUUCUGUAUGUAACUUUUGGAUUUUCAAUUUCUUUAGUAGCAUUUUUUAUCGUGGUUGUAUGUCCAGAUGUAAAGAAUGGGUAUACAAUAGCAUAUGGUUUUAUUUUAACAGCAAUUUUAAUGUAAAUGUGUUUUACUUAAGCAGGGAUGUCAAUUCUAUUUUAUCGUUUAGAUGCUUCAAGUUGGGUAGGUAUAGUAAGAGGAUUAAUGAGUUUAUAUCCAGCAUUUAAAUAUUCAUUAAUAUUUGCAGACAUAUCAAUAAAAUCAUGUAGACAUUAUUCUUUAGAGGAAGGGAGAUGGGUUGAAGGAGAUGGUUUUAGUUAUGAUGAUUUAUUUGUAGUGAAUAGUGGUAAAGUAUAAUUGGAUAAGAAUGUAUAGUAUUAAUCACCUUGUGCAAUGGAAAAUUAUUUACAUUUACUAUUAGCAUGUUUAUUUUAUAUUAUGUUGACAUAUUAUUUUGAUCAUAUAUUGGAGAGUGUAUAUUAUUUAUUAAAUUAUAGAAUAGAGGAAAGGCUGAUUCAUUAUUAUUUUGUAUAACAAAACCAUUUAAUAAAUUUUUCAAGUCUUAAGUUUAGCCAAUAACAGAUUUAUAAUAUCAAUGUCAUACAAAUGAUUCAGCAUAAUUGGAGAAAGAGAGAGUAAUAAAAAAUAGUAGUAAUAACUUUGUAGAUGGAUUAAGAAUAUUAGGUUUAAGUAAGACAUAUCAUAAAUAUCCAUUUAAUAUAAUAUCAAAAGAUGAUGUUCAUGCUUUGAAAGAUAUAUAUCUUGAAAUAAAUUCAGGAGAAUGUUUAGCUUUGUUAGGACAUAAUGGAGCUGGUAAAACAACAUUGAUUGGUUUAUUAACAGGAAUGUUUAAAGCUUCAAAAGGGACAGCUAGAAUAAUGAAUUAUGAUUUGAAUGAUAUGGAGAAUAUAAGAGCAAUGUUAGGUGUGUGUCCAUAAUUUGAUAUAUUAUGGAAUUAAUUAAGUGCAGCAGAACAUUUAAGAAUGUAUGCUACAAUAAAAGGUUUACAUAAAGAUUAAAUAGAACAUGAAGUAGAUCUUAGAUUAAAAGAAGUUGAAUUAUUACAUGUUAAAGAUUAAUAGAUAUAAACUUUUAGUGGAGGAAUGAAAAGAAGAGUCUCAUUAGCUAUAAGUGCAAUAGGAAAUCCAAAGAUUAUAAUAAUGGAUGAACCAACAACUGGAAUGGAUCCAAGAGCUAGAAGAUAAGUAUGGAAAAUGAUUAAAAAUAUGAAAUAAAAUAGGGUAGUUAUACUUACUACUCAUGCUAUGGAAGAAGCAGAUGUAUUAGCUGAUAGAAUUGCUGUUAUGGCUGAAGGAUAAUUAAAAGCCAUUGGUACUAGUCUAUUUCUUAAAAAUAAUUUCUCUGAUGGAUAUAGAGUUAAUAUUAUUACUGAUCAUGUAGAUGAAUGUUUAUCCAAAAUUAAACUAUUAUUAAAUUAAUUUAAACUUUUAGAUUCUAGUGGAGGAAGCAUAUUGUAUUUAUAUAUUCUCAUAUAAUUAUAGAAUCUCUAUUCCUUUCUAAUUUAUGUAAGACUUAAAAGCAUUAUUUGAAGUCUUUGAAAAAAAAGUAUCAGAAUUAUCUGAAACUUAAUAAUAAUUAAGAAAACUUAUUAAAGAUUGGGGAUUAAGUCAUGCAACAUUAGAAGAAGUAUUUAUGAAAGUAACCAGACGUUGUGAAUGAG